UCAUAUCCCAAAGACGGAUGCAUAAGUCGCCCUUAACAACCAGGAAGAGUCCUUUAAAGCCAUUUCAAGCGCCUCUAAGCUCCUUUAGAGCUAGUCAAAACUCAGUCAGUCCUGAAGGAAAGCUUCUGAUGAUCAGAGAUAUUUCAUCACCAAUGGCUAAGAAACAAGCAGAGAAGCAAUUAGACAGCAAAAAGACCCGCCGCCUCCCAUCCAAAUUCCCAAUUCCCUCUCCCAGCCCAUUCACAUCCCACCUAAACCCUGAAGAAAUACCUAAAAUCCUUACCAAAAUGCAGAAGAACAAAGUUGACCCUAACCUGACUGGAGUACUCCACAGAUUACUCUGUUUGGACUACACACAGGGAAAAGAGGAGGACAAGAGUAAGAAUAGGGGCUUUGAUAGGGCAUUUUUAAGGAAGAGAGAGGGGCAGAAGGAAGAGGAGAAGGGCAGGAAUGGGGGUUCAAGGGAGAUAGGGGAGAUGGAGAGGUGGGAGGGGUAUUAUGUGAGGAAAUUGUGUGUCCAGGCGUGGAGAAGUUGGGUCAGGGAUGAGAAAGCAAGAAGGAAGGUGAUUGAGAUGAGAUUGGAGAGGUUUGAGAGGAAGAGAUUGGCGAGAUAUUUUAAUUUGUUUAAGUCGAAUGUGUAUAAUAGGAAGAAACAGAAAUUUACUUAUGAAAUUAAUGGGCUGACACAGUGUGUGUUUGAUUUACAAACUGAUAUAAAGUAUGAGCAGAAGGAAAAACAAAAGAGUAUUCGAGCUUUAAAUUCGUAUACAAGAGGGCUUAAGAAAGCUACCAAGCUAUAUAAUAAAGAAUAUAGCAAAGUUAAAGCUCUAGAAGCUGAAAAUAGCUUGAUAAAGCCAGACCUAAUCUUGAAUGGAAUUCACAAAACAAUUGAAACAGUUCAGAAGAGUGAUCUUUUCAAACAAAAAUUUGAAAUAUUACAAAAUAAUCAGAGAAAUAUUUAAAAAAUUAAAUUUCAAAAAUCUUCGAAAUUUGCUAAAAAAUCCUGAGCCAACCAAAGAGGAUGAUGAUAAUUCCAAAUCAGCCAAAAAUCAAUCAGAGAAAUCUCUAGAUUCAUCAAACUGAGAAGAGACUCUAGGCGACUUGUUAUCGGAACCCUUUGAAGGAAUUGUUCUCCGUUGGAUUAGAUAUUGAGUGCUCCAGAUACUCCCUUCUCUCAAGCAAAAGUACAAAGAAACUCGUAGAACUCAGCGUGCUACAGAGCCAGGGAUCCAAAAAGAUGCUCUUAGCAGGAAGUCAUUGAAUUUACAAAAAUUUAUCUACAAUUGUGAGAAGAAUAUUUGUAAAGAAGUAGAAGACCUUGACAAAAAUAUCUUCCAUAUCUUCUGUGUCCUAAUCUUUUGAGGGGUGAGACUUAUACCCAAAGUUUCUUCAGAUCUAGUAGACACUUUCUCCAUCAAACAUGUUGAGUUCUUGAUUGGCUAUUCUACCUCUAAGUUUGACCCAAGCUGUAUGGAUGAUACAUACUGUGUCACUCUCGAUAGUCUAGUCUUGGAUAACAGAGAGAAGGAGCUAAAUCCUGACUCUUUGCCUUCAAUAAUCAACAUUGAUACCGAGUCGUUUGAGACAACCAAACAAAAAUCUGACAGAAUCGAAGGGAUUAUUGUUAUGAUGGCCAAAUUGUUUAUAAAAUACCAUAAUUUCACAGAUGUUUGUCCUCUAGAUUCUGAUGAACAAAAAGUGAAUGAUUUGCUCAUCAGCUGAUAUUUUAGAAAUGACAAUGGACUAGCAAGGCUCUUCCCAAGAUUUUAUGCUUACGACCAUAGUAAAAAUGGAGUGCUGAUUCAAGACUCUGAAGCUUCAACCAUUAAACAAACUUUAAUUAAGUGGAUGAACCAACUGGUUGUGAGACAUCUUGAUGAUUAUGAGGAUUUUAUUGUCAGAUUAGAGAACAACAAAAAUAGUGAUCUAUACAAAAAGAUUAUUGCAUUUUCAGGAACUUUAGGACAAAAAUAUGUGGGUCAAGAUGCAUCUUUGUUGUCAAUAGGAUCUUUCAAUAGCAUUUUUAAAGCGAUUUCACUCAAAAAGAAGAAAGUCAAUAAAUUGAUUAAAGAAUCACCAGAGAAAAGUCCUAAACCAAAAGGUCUCGAUUUAGCGAAGCAAAGUUUAGGAGCUAAUUUUAACAUUUCCGUGUCAAGCCCUUCAGAGUUUUCCCAAACAAAAACACCGAAAAAGAAAGGAGUCAAGAGAACCUCUUCACAAGCAAUCAAACUACGCGAAGAGCAGAAAAUUAAUAAUUUAAAGUCCUCGUUCCUCAUCAUAAACAACACAAUGCUUCCAAGACUAAGUGCCUUUAGGCAAGAUUGUCAAUUGCUAGGCGUCUCAAGCAGCCUUUCAAGUCAAGGUAUCAAAUCCCUCGGAGACCCAAUAAAAUCCUUCAAUGACUACCUUUCCAACAGCACCAACUACGCAAUCCUCAUCCUCUCCAUCCUCUACCCUGAAACCUUCUUCACCAGAUCAAUCACCUCUCUCACUUGUCAAGAAAUCCUCGACCACGGCUACGAUCUCCUCAUCAUCACUCGUGAAUCCACUCUCAAGCUCACAGAUGCCCAAAAAUCCAGCUUCAUUCUAAAAACUGCCCUUAAACUCAACUUCGAUAUCACAAGCAAUCAGAAAUCUACUGAGACCACCAAUUCUUCUGCGCAAGGCGCAGAAGAAUUGGUGGUUCCUAGUAGAAGGGACAUUGGCUUAGCAUUUGGGAAAGGAGCAUGGAAUAGUGUUUCAUUUGGGCAGAAACAGAAGAUUGAUAAGACGCAUUUGACUUUUUUCUUGUUCCAAAUCAUAUCGAAAAGGAUGAACGAUGAUAAGAUCGCUCAUGAGACAAGCCAAAAAUCAGACUUUUUGAAGAAAAUUUCUGAAAUGUAUAACAAAACAAAGACUACCAAACCCGAUCCUAACAAUCUCACCCAAAAUAAGGAAACUGAUAUCAUGAAAGUUAAUGAAAUCGGACAAGACCUAGUACAAUUACAAAAAAAUCCAGCCUUCUUCAACUAAUUUCAAC